UUGAGACAAACAAGCGGAAAAUGAGGGGCGUUAGGCGACAAAUUAAUGCUACUAUAAACAACAAACGGUUACAACUUAUUAAAUUGGUUAAGAGUAGAGAAGAAAUAUGGAACCGUAACGUAAACGAUUUUUUUAUUUACGCAAAUAAAAUAAAAAUUUGGCAAAGUAUAGCAAAUGAAUUAGGCGAAACGGUUGCAGAAGUUCAGCGUGCGUAUGACACCCUGCGGGAUCAAUAUCGUCGCGAACUAAAAAAGUUAAUUAAUGGUAAGCAAAUUACAUGGAAAUUUUUUUAUGAAUUGGAUUUCUUGAGGAAGAUGGUACGGGUUCAUCAAGACAAUCCUCCUUCAGAAAACAAUCCACCCAAUAAAACAUCAGAAUUAUCCCAAGGGCUUUCAUGUUUAUUGUCUGCAGUUAAUGCAGUAGAGAAUAAUACUUUUAAAUUAUCUGAUGCAUUGGAAUUGCAAAAAGAAUCAGGAUUAGUUGAUGUAGUUUCUAAAGAAACCGAUACACUUCUCCCAGAAUUAUCACCAACACCACCAAUGGAAGAAGAAUCAGCAAGUAAAUCUAAUAAUAUUGGUAUUGAUAAAACAAUCUUGGAAGACGUUAAACGUAAUGAUUAUGAAAAUUCUGCUGAUAUUGUUAUGAAAUUAAGUACUAUCAAUGUUGCGCCUACUGCUAAUUGCAAAUCACCGGACUUACCUGAAAACAAAGAAAACGAUUCGAGUUCUAGUGCUAUUGAUAACAACAAUCCAACGUCUUCAGCUUGUGUUCUAAUGGAACAUCAACAAAAUAAGUGGAAGAUGCUAAAUAAUCAUUACUUAAUUAAAAAACUGAAAGUAAAAAGUGACUAUAACAAUUCCAAUUGUGUACGUAAUAAAAUUAAUAUUGUGCACUCCGGUGGCGUAGUAAAGAAAUUGAUUAAUAAUUGUGCCCUCAAAACAUCGCAGCCUUGCAGACCUUCAUUAUUGAAGCCGUCACUAACACCAAUACGAGGAGGUACAGAUCAGAAAAAUGCUUCCAGAAACAAUACAACAUUAACAGAUAAAUUCAAAGUAGAAUGUAUUGAUGGAGAUUUAAACUUCAUGAUGAGUAUUGUACCUUUAUUGAAGGCUCUGCCUUUUUAUGUUAAGUUGGAAUUGCAGACAAAAAUAAUAUCAAAAAUCAUUACUUUGUUACGAGAAGACGAGGUUCAAUCAGAAGCGUAUGCUGCUUCUGAAAUGGUUGUCUCCAAUUCUGAACAUAAUUUUGUAGAAAGUUUAAUGCCUGUUAUGAAAAUAAUGAAAUUAUCCUCAAAAAUUUUUUUACGAUCCUAUAUAUACCAAACUAUGCACCAAGUAUCUUCUAGUUAUCAAUCAUAAUUUAAUGUACUAUAACAUAAUUAAAGCAAUGAGACAUAAAUCUCAUUUUCA